CGUCAUAACGUCAGUCGUGAGGCAGAAUUCAACAUGGAGGAUAUCGUAGCUGUAGAAAAGAGCCCGGACGAGAUGCCGGCAGUACUGAUCUCCAGACCUCAGACAGGUUUGUCUUUCCUGGCACCAGAACCAGAAGAUCUCGAGGACCUUUACAGCAGAUACAAGAAGCUGCAGCAGGAGCUGGAGUUCCUGGAAGUGCAGGAGGAGUACAUCAAAGAUGAGCAGAAGAACCUGAAGAAAGAGUUCCUGCAUGCUCAGGAGGAGGUGAAGAGGAUACAGAGCAUCCCACUUGUCAUUGGCCAGUUCCUGGAAGCUGUGGACCAGAACACAGCCAUUGUUGGCUCCACUACAGGGUCCAACUACUAUGUGCGCAUCCUGAGCACCAUUGACAGAGAGCUGCUUAAGCCCAAUGCUUCAGUGGCCUUGCACAAGCACAGCAACGCCUUGGUGGAUGUGCUCCCUCCUGAAGCUGACAGCAGCAUCAUGAUGCUGACGUCAGACCAAAAGCCAGAUGUAAUGUAUGCUGACAUUGGUGGUAUGGACAUUCAGAAGCAGGAAGUCCGAGAAGCUGUAGAGCUGCCACUCACACACUUUGAGCUCUACAAACAGAUUGGCAUUGACCCACCCAGGGGUGUCCUUAUGUACGGACCUCCAGGUUGUGGCAAAACCAUGUUGGCCAAGGCUGUGGCACACCACACUACAGCGGCGUUCAUCCGUGUGGUGGGCUCUGAGUUUGUCCAGAAGUAUUUGGGUGAAGGUCCUCGUAUGGUGCGGGACGUCUUCCGGCUGGCAAAGGAAAACGCUCCGGCCAUCAUCUUCAUUGAUGAGAUUGAUGCCAUCGCCACCAAGCGUUUUGAUGCACAGACUGGAGCUGACAGGGAAGUUCAGAGAAUCUUACUUGAGCUGCUCAAUCAAAUGGACGGCUUUGAUCAGAACGUCAAUGUCAAGGUGAUCAUGGCAACCAACAGAGCAGACACACUGGACCCUGCCCUGCUACGUCCUGGUCGUUUGGACAGAAAGAUUGAGUUCCCCCUGCCUGACCGCAGACAGAAACGUCUAAUUUUCUCCACCAUCACCAGUAAAAUGAACCUCUCAGAGGAGGUCGACCUGGAGGACUAUGUGGCCAGACCAGAUAAGAUCUCUGGAGCUGAUAUCAAUUCCAUCUGCCAGGAGGCUGGCAUGUUGGCAGUGCGCGAGAACAGGUAUAUCGUCCUGGCCAAAGACUUCGAAAAAGCUUACAAAACUGUCAUCAAAAAGGACGAGCAGGAGCACGAGUUCUACAAGUAGAGAGAGAAAGAAGUACUUCCCGAAACAAAAAGGUGUCCAGACACACGACUUUGUUAUUGAUUUUCAUCUGUGUGUCUGUAUCCACAGUGUGUCUUGUGGAUUUGCAGUCCCUGACUUGAAUAGAUUUUUGGACUAAAUUUACUCACUGUGCCACCAGGCCUAACGUCAGAUUAUCCCCGUCUCAAGCUAUGAGAAGACACAUGUGAUGGAGUGAUUUUUGUACAGGCACUCUACUGGUUCCUACAAAUAUCAGGCCCUGACUGUAGCUAGGAUAGAACAUUUGUAUCUAUAUGUACUCACAUAAACAAUCCAUUAAAGAUGUUUUCCAUAAAACA